AUUCAUAUAUCACAAAGCAGAUUUAUUUAAAAAAUAUCGAAAAUGCGAUAGCAUUAUGAAAUCAUUAAGUGGCUCCAUCUAGCGUCAGACUUCAAAACGUAAUAUUAAAGUUUCAUUCGGAUGGUAAUAAACAACCUCUAACCUCUUUAAUGAAUUUACUUGUUUUGAAUAUUUCUUAUAGUCCCUCCUCUUUUUUUAAACUAAAAUAAUAUAUCUAAAUAUCGGGAAAAGACAGGAAAGUAAAAGAUAAAGUGUAAAACAGCGAAAUUAACAUCUUAUCGUCUGCUAUGUAACAAAUUUUUCCAAAAAUGGCACAAGUGGUGAACAGAUUAUUGCUCAAAAGAUGUACUUAUCUUCUGCCUAAAAUGCUUAAAAGAUAUGCCGGUCAUAGCAAAUGGGCAAAUAUAAAACAUACAAAAGAAGAAAAUGAUAACGAAAGGAUGUUGCUGUUUCAUCACUUGAAAAUGCAAAUGAUUAAUGCUAUUAAUGAGGGUGGCACAAACUUGAGUUAUAAUCCAAAAUUAUCACAAGUCAUUGAACGAGCUAAAAAGGCAAAUAUGCCUGUUGCAUCAAUAAAAUCUUUUCUUGAGAAAAUGGAGACUCGUAAAAACAAAAUUCAAACGGGUUUAAUAGAAGUUCGUGGACCAAAUGGUUAUGUAAUGCUCGUUUGUUAUAAAACAGAUAAUCCCAAGUCAUUUGCAAUAGAGCUUAAUUCAAAAAUUAAAAAGACUAAAGGAAAAGCAACAGAUACCGCCGCCAAAAACAUGUUUACUCAUAUAGGUAGUAUUAUAGUUGAAAAGAAAGACAAUAUUGAUCAAGCUAUGGAGGAUGCUAUUAACAUUGGGGCAGAAGAUGUAGAGGAAUUCAAAGAAAAUGAUAUGGAAUAUUUCCAGUUUAAAUGUGAUCCAAAACUUUUAAACAAGAUAACAUCUUUAGAAGAUCUUCAAUAUUGUAUACUUUUGGCAGAAGAAGAUUAUAUACCAAAAGUUGUAAUAAAAUUAAAUGAAUCAGAUUUAGAAGCUAUUUCUCUCAUUCGCGAGAAAGUUUUAAGCUUAGAAGAUGUCAGUCAUAUAUAUGAUAAUUUAGCAUAAUUUAUAUUUUAAUAUAAAAGAUAUAUAAAUAAUAAAGAA